AUGGGUUGGCUCUGGAUUCAGAAAGCAGCUGCUGAUUAGAUUCUGUGUCUGCGGGUUGAAUUUAUUCCGUGUUUCCAGCAGGAAUUCAAGAGGGAUGCUUCUGUUUGGGUUUCUGAUCGUGAUUUAUAUUUAUUCAGAGGAAUAACAGAGGGUGGAUCUGUUCCCGGUGCGAGCAUGCUCACCACCAGCCGACUCUCCCAUUAUCCCCCUGCCUAGUUUGGUGCUCCAGUGUACACGAGUAUUUCGUGUGCAUAUGUAUGUAUACAAACACGCAUGCACGCCUGGACGGACAGACGUAUGCACAGGUUAUUUCUUAAGGACAAUUCCUUCAAUAAGGUCUCUACCCCUUACUUGAAACAGGUGUUUAUGAAAAAAAAAUGCACAAUAUCCCGACUGACCCGGAAUAAUUGAUGAAGAAGGGUGCUGGAUCCGUGGGUCAGAGAACACACAGGACCAGCUUGCUACCCAAAGGCCAAAGGCCUCCCUCCGACACAGCCUGGAAGCUCUUCAGAAGCCCUGGCCUAGCUUGACCAUGACACCACAGCGAGCUCCCGAUAGGAUCAGAGGCACAAACCAAGCUGCCUCGAAGUAGCUCAUGGAAGACUCCCACGAGCCACUGGCCAGGCACAUUGUCCCUUCCUCGGGGAGGAGCAGGGUGUGGGCAGAGGCACCGCAGCAGGAGUGGACAUGAACACUGGCUUCCAGAGAGAGCAGCGGUUCAGUUUUGGUCAUCGAAAGUGGUGCCUGCAGCGCAGAUCUUCCACGUCCACUGCGCUGACUGAACCUCUGUGAUCGAGUUAACAACUGCAAAUGGAUAAAGAUGGGAUUAGCUAAUUGACCCAUGCAUGACCGACAGCCAAAGCCUUCUCGGCUCUGCUUGGCCUAUGAGAAGACCGUGAUUUCUCCUCUGAACCUGUUAACCUCCAAUACAGAACUCAAGGGGAGAAGAGGCCAGAGCCGAGCUGCCCUAGCAUCCCAGUGUGGCACCUCUCCAGCCAGGACCAGAGAUGACAAGACAGAUGUCUCCAACCUUUAGCUGUUCACACAGCACACAGGGGACUCAUGGGGGCCGCUUGUCACUGCCAAUCAAACCCACUCAAUGGCAAUACUGACAUCUUUCAUGCUGUUUUCAAGACAGACACUCAGGCAGAAAAUGCCAGUGUGCUUCCUGUCUGCAGAGUAGAGGGCCAUGCCACACCAAUAUGAACAGUGUGGACCCCAAGACCUGCUCUGAGUCCACUUGCAGCCACUAACACUUGGAGAGAAAAAAAAAAGUCCAACCCCCAAAGCCAUCGUGGGGUUGGCUUCCACAGCUCUUGACCAAUGUGGCCAAAGCUAAACACCUCGGGACUCUUGGAUUGCUCAUAAAUGCGACCCACCCCAAACUCCCUGAGUAGCAUCUGAAGUCUUGUGAAGGUCAUGGAUCCGGAACAAAGCGUCAAGUGCACCAAGAAGGCUGAUGGAAGUCCCCGGAAGCGGCUGACCAAAGGAGAAGCCAUUCAGACUAGUGUUUCUUCCAGCGUCCCGUAUCCAGGCAGCAGCACCACUGCUCCCUCAGAGAGUGCCACCCAGGAGCUCCUAACCCCGCAGCCUUUCUCAGGCCCCUCGGUGGUUCUUAGAGAAGGCUCUCAGGAGAAAACCGGCCAGCAGCAGAAGCCUCCCCGGAGGCCCUCCAUCGAGGCCUCAGUCCACAUCUCACAGUUUCCACAGCACCCUCUGACACCAGCAUUCAUGUCCCCUGGCAAACCAGAGCAUCUCCUAGAGGGGUCUACGUGGCAGCUGGUUGACCCCAUGAGGCCUGGACCCUCAGGCUCCUUUGUGGCCCCUGGGCUACAUCCGCAGGGCCAGCUCAUCCCAUCCCAUGCUUCCAUCCUUCCUCCCGAGGACCUGCCUGGCAUCCCUAAGGUCUUUGUGCCCCGUCCCUCCCAGGUCUCCCUGAAGCCCACAGAAGAGGCACAUAAGAAAGAGAGGAAACCACAGAAGCCAGGGAAGUAUAUCUGCCAGUACUGCAGCCGGCCCUGCGCCAAGCCCAGUGUGCUCCAGAAGCACAUUCGUUCACACACGGGCGAGAGGCCCUACCCCUGUGGCCCCUGUGGCUUCUCCUUCAAAACCAAGAGUAACCUUUAUAAGCACAGGAAGUCCCAUGCCCACCGCAUCAAAGCCGGUCUGGCUUCCGGCUCCAGCAGUGAGAUGUACCCACCCGGGCUGGAGAUGGAGAGGAUCCCUGGGGAAGAGUUUGAGGAGCCUACCGAGGGAGAAAGCACAGACUCCGAGGAGGAAACUGGUACCACACCAGGUCCCCCCACAGAGGUUCUCCCCAAAUCUAAGCACCCCCUGCUCUCAAGUGGCUUAUACAGCUCAGGGAGCCACAGUUCCAGCCAGGAACGCUGCUCUCUGUCCCAGUCAAGCACGGCACCAUCGCUUGAGGACCCCACCCCAUUUGCAGAAGCCUCAUCGGAACAUCCCCUGACCCAUAAACCCGAAGACACACACACCAUCAAGCAGAAGCUGGCACUCCGCCUGAGUGAGAGGAAGAAGCUGAUUGAGGAGCAGACAUUCCUGAGCCCAGGGAGCAAAGGCAGCACGGAGUCUGGGUACUUCUCACGCUCUGAGAGCGCUGAGCAGCAGGUCAGCCCCCCUAACACCAAUGCCAAGUCCUACGCAGAGAUCAUCUUUGGCAAGUGUGGGCGGAUUGGGCAGCGGACUUCCAUGCUGGCAUCCACCUCCACCCAGCCCCUGCUGCCCCUGUCUGCUGAAGACAAGCCCAGCUUGGUGCCUCUGUCUGUGCCCCGGACACAGGUGAUCGAACACAUCACAAAGCUCAUCACCAUCAAUGAGGCUGUGGUGGACACCAGUGAGAUUGACAGUGUGAAGCCCAGGAGGAGUUCUCUGACCAGGCGCAGCAGCGUGGAGUCCCCGAAAUCCAGCCUCUACCGGGAGUCACUAUCAUCCCAUGGGGAGAAGACGAAGCCCGAACAACAAUCGCUGUUGAGCCUCCAGCACCCGCCCAGCUCCACGCACCCUGUGCCUCUCCUGAGAAGCCACUCAAUGCCUUCCGCAGCCUGCACCAUCAGCACCCCCCACCAUACCUUCCGUGGGAGCUACUCCUUCGACGACCACAUUGCUGACCCCGAAACCCCCAGCCGCAGUAGUCCCAUGUUUACCUCCCACCCACGGAUGCUGAAACGCCAGCCAGCCAUUGAACUACCUUUGGGAGGUGAGUACAGUUCCGAGGAGCCUGGACCAAGCAGCAAAGACCCCACCUCCAAGCCCUCUGAUGACCCAGAAUCCAAGGAAAGCGACCUUACCAAAAAGACCAAGAAGGGGUUGAAAACAAAAGGCGUGAGCUAUGAAUGUACCAUCUGUGGUGCUCGGUACAAAAAGAGAGAUAAUUAUGAAGCUCAUAAGAAGUACUACUGCUCUGAGCUCCAAAUCACAAAAGCCCACUCUGCAGGUGCUCAUGAAGUGGAAAAGACUCAGGCUGAGCCUGAGCCCUGGUCCCAGAUGAUGCAUUAUAAACUAGGGGCCACCUUGGAACUCACUCCAUUGAGAAAAAGACGGAAGGAGAAGAGCCUUGGGGAUGAGGAAGAGCCACCUGCCUUUGGCAGCCCUGGCCCAUCAGACCCAGCUCGUAUCCUUCCCUUGGAGUCCACCAAGUCACCAGCAGAACCAAGCAAAUCAGUUCCCUCCUUAGAGGGACCCACGAGCUUCCAGCCAAGGACUCCCAAGCCAGGGACUGGAUCAGAACCAGGGAAGGAGAGGAGAAAAAUGUCCAAAGAAAUUUCUGUCAUCCAGCACACCAGCUCCUUUGAGAAGUCUGACCCACUGGAGCAGCCGAGCAGCCUGGAAGAAGAAAAGCCCGUGGCCCAGUUCUCAUCCCCACCACCUGCCCCCCAUGGGCGCUCAGCUCACUCCCUGCAGCCGCGGUUGGUCCGCCAGCCCAACAUUCAGGUUCCAGAGAUCCUGGUGACAGAAGAGCCGGACAGGCCAGACACAGAGCCCGAGCCACCCCCAAAGGAGCCCGAGAAGACAGAGGAAUUCCAGUGGCCCCAGCGCAGCCAGACGCUGGCACAGCUCCCAGCAGAGAAGCUGCCACCCAAGAAAAAGAGACUCCGCUUAGCCGAGAUGGCACAGUCCUCAGGGGAGUCCAGCUUUGAGUCCUCCGUGCCUCUGUCUCGAAGCCCAAGCCAGGAGAGCAGCAUCUCUCUGAGUGGUUCCAGCCGCUCGGCUUCCUUCGACAGGGAGGAUCACGGAAAAGCUGACGCCCCUGGGCCCUCAUCAGACACACGCUCCAAAACCCUGGGCACCCACAUGCUGACUGUCCCCAGCCACCACCCACACGCCCGAGAGAUGCGAAGGUCAGCUUCAGAGCAGAGCCCCAAUGUGCCCCACUCCUCACACAUGACUGAGACCCGAAGCAAAUCCUUUGACUAUGGCAGCUUGUCCCCGACAGGACCCUCUGUAACAGUGCCUGCAGCUCCGCCACCCCCAGCCGCUCCACCAGAAAGAAGAAAAUGCUUUCUGGUGAGACAGGCCUCCCUCAGCCGACCUCCAGAAGCAGAGCUGGAGGCCACCCCCAAGGGAAAACAAGAGAGCAGCGAGGAGCCCUCAGCCAGCCAGCCUCCCACCAAAAGCUCCGUGCCCCAGAUCUCCGUGACUACCAUACAAGGUGGGCCCUCAGAAGGCAAGAGCCAGAUACAGGACAGGCCCCCACUGGGGUCCAGCCCACCCUACACAGAAGCCCUGCAAGUGUUCCGACCUCCUGGCACCCAGCUGCCCCCACCAGUCUCCCUCUUCUCCUUGCAGCACCUCUUGCCUCAGGAGCAAGAACAGUCCUCUGAGUUCUUCCCCACUCAAGCCAUGGCCAGCCUCCUCCCCUCGCCAUACUCCAUGCCCCCACUCCCACCUUCCUUGUUCCAGACUCCACCACUUCCACUGCAGCCUACUGUGCUACACCCCAGCCAGCUCCAUCUCCCCCAGCUCCUGCCUCACCCUGCAGAUAUCCCCUUCCGGCAGCCCCCUUCCUUCCUCCCCAUGCCAUGCCCUGCCUCCUCAACCCUCUCUGGAUAUUUCCUGCCUCUACAAUCCCAGUUUGCAUUGCAGCUCCCUGGUGAAAUAGAAAGCCACUUGCCCCCAGUCACAACCAGCCUGGCCCCUCUGGCAACAGGACCUUCUGGCCCCUCCAGCAGCACAGAAUAUAGCAGUGACAUCCAGCUGCCCCCUGUGACUCCCCCAGCUACCUCCCCAGCUCCCACAUCAGCCCCAACAUUGACCCUGCCUGCCUGUCCAGAUGCUAUGGUGUCACUGGUUGUUCCCGUCCGCAUCCAGACCCACAUGCCGUCCUACGGGAGUGCCAUGUAUACCACCUUGUCUCAGAUCUUGGUCACACAGUCUCAAGGCAGCUCAGCAAGUAUGGCUCUUACCAAGUAUGAGGACCCUUCCUCCAAAGGGAUGACUGUGUGGGGGGCUGAGGUAUAUGAGGCUGGCCCUGGACCAUCUAGCAUAAGCAAGGAGCAAAGCAGAGGUUUCCAGACACCAUAUCUGAGAGUGCCUGAGAGGAAAGGCACAUCACUGUCCUCGGAGGGUACCCUGAGCCUGGAGGGGUGCUCAUCCACAGCCGGUGGAAGCAAGCGUGUCCUCUCUCCUGCUGGCAGUCUUGAACUUACCAUGGAAACCCAGCAGCAGAAAAGAGUAAAAGAGGAGGAGGCUUCCAAGGCAGAUGAAAAAUUGGAGCUGGUGAGCACUUGCAGUGUGGUGCUGACCAGUACAGAGGACAGGAAGAGGACAGAGAAGCCCUAUGUGGGCAGCCAAGGCCAGAGCAGGAGGGAGGCAGAAACACUGUCUAGCUUGCCUUCAGAUCCAUCCGACCCAAAAGAGCUUUCUCCCCUCUCUUAUCCCACAUUGCCCCAUGGGACAGCCCCAGGCUCAGAGGCUUUGAAAGAAUAUGCUCAACCAUCUAGCAAAGCUCACCGAAGAGGGCUGCCUCCACUGAGUAUAAAGAAAGAAGAUCCAAAGGAACAGCCUGACCUCCCUCCCCUGGCACCCCCUAGCUCUCUGCCUCUGUCAGACACUUCCCCCAAACCAGCCAAAUUGCAAGAAGGUACGGACUCAAAGAAGGUACUUCAGUUCCCCAGCCUCCACACGACCACUAAUGUCAGUUGGUGCUAUUUAAACUACAUUAAGCCAAAUCACAUCCAGCAUGCAGAUAGGAGGUCCUCUGUUUACGCUGGUUGGUGCAUAAGUUUGUACAACCCCAACCUUCCAGGGGUUUCCACUAAAGCUGCUUUGUCCCUUCUGAGAUCUAAGCAGAAAGUGAGCAAAGAGACAUACACCAUGGCCACAGCUCCGCAUCCUGAGGCAGGAAGGCUGGUGCCAUCCAGCUCCCGAAAGCCCCGCAUGACAGAGGUGCACCGCCCGUCACUGCUUUCCCCAGAGAGCCAGAAAGAUCCAGCUAGAGUGGAGAAGGAAGAAAAGCAAGGGAAGGCAGAGGAGGGUACUCCCACUUCCAAGAGAGGAGAGCCAGCGAGGGUUAAGAUCUUCGAAGGAGGGUACAAAUCAAAUGAAGAGUAUAUAUAUGUUCGAGGCCGCGGCCGAGGGAAAUAUGUUUGUGAGGAAUGUGGAAUUCGCUGCAAGAAACCCAGCAUGCUGAAGAAACACAUCCGCACCCACACUGACGUCCGGCCCUAUGUGUGCAAGCACUGUCACUUUGCUUUUAAAACCAAAGGGAAUCUGACUAAGCACAUGAAGUCGAAAGCCCACAGCAAAAAGUGCCAAGAGACGGGGGUGCUGGAGGAGCUGGAAGCCGAGGAAGGAACCAGUGAUGACCUGCUCCAGGACUCAGAGGGGCAAGAGGGCUCCGAGGCUGUGGAGGAGCACCAGUUUUCAGACCUGGAGGACUCUGAUUCCGACUCAGAACUGGAUGAAGAGGAGGAGGAGGAGGAGGAGGAGGAGGAGGAGGAAGAAGAGAGCCAGGAUGAGCUGCCCAGGCCAUCCUCAGAGGCAGUUCCACUCUGCCCGCCAGCCACACUACAGGAGGACUCCUCACCCAUUCAGGGCCCUCAGCCUCCAGUUACCACCUCUGAGGAGGUCCCACAAGGCAGCUCCAUCUCAGAAGUCACACGCUUGGCAGCCAGCAGUUGUUCCCCAGCUAGCCGGGGUACCCCAGGCCUUCCCCGGCUGGAACUGGCCCCAGUGGAAACAGACAUGAGCUCAGCUCUGAGUUCCAAGGCUAUGUCCCCUAGGAGGCCAUGGUCCCCAAGCAAAGAGGCAGGCAGCCGCCCCUCACUCACUCGCAAACAUUCACUCAACAAAAAUGACUCGUCUCCCCAGCAAUGUUCACCGGCCCGAGAAGUGCAGGCCUCAGUCACAAGCACACCUGACCCCCAGAUGGGCCCAGGAAGGGACAUGGGCCCUCGUCUUUGUGGGUCUCCAAGACUGGAGCUGUCUCCUCUCACUCCCCACCCCAUAGAAAGAGAAGUGCCCCCUUGGGCACCUCUGCCCCCUGGACUCAAGAGUGCCACAGACACAGGCGCCCCCAGAUAUUCACCCACCAGGAGAUGGUCCCUGGGCCAGGCUGAGUUACCACCACAGUCAGUACUGCCAGGGAAGUGGGCCCUGGCUGGGCCCUGCAGCCCCUCAGUGGGCAAGUGUAGCCUGGGCUUGGGGCCGGCUCCACGGGCUCUCCUCCAGCCCGUGCCUCUACCUCACACACUUCUCAGCAGAAGCCCUGAAAUGUGCACCUCUGCAUGGCAGAAGACUGAGUCUCGAAGUCCAUCAGCUGGCCCUGUUCCUCUCUUCCCCCGACCAUUCUCUGCCCCUCAUGACUUCCACGGCCACCUCCCUAGCCGAAAUGAGGAGAACCUCUUCAGUCACCUGCCUCUGCACUCCCAGCACCUGAGCCGCGCCCCCUGCCCCCUCAUUCCGAUUGGUGGGAUCCAGAUGGUACAGGCCCGACCAGGAGCCCACCCCACCCUGCUGCCAGGGGCCUGUGCAGCCUGGGUCAGUGGCUUCUCAGGGGGUGGCAGUGACCUAACUGGGGCCCGAGAAGCCCAGGAGCGCAGCCGCCGGAGCCCCACAGAGAGCCCGUCAGCAUCAGUGUCCCCUGUGGCCAAGGUCUCCAAGUUUACACUCUCUUCAGAGCUGGAGGAGGAAAGGACCGGCAGAGGCCCAGGAAGACCUCCUGACUGGGAACCUCGGAGGGCUGAAGCCCCUGCAGAACCCAUGGGCGAACACAGCCCCUGCUCCCCACAGCUGCCCCAGGGCCACCAGGCAGCACCAUCCUGGAGCGCCCUCUUGGAGUUACCACACCCGUUGGCCAGCCGCAAGGCCUCUAGCUUCCCACCACUGGACCGCAGCAGCUCCAUGGACUGCCUGGCAGAGGCCUCCACUCACUUCCCAGCCCGGAGCAGGAACCUCUCUGGGGAACCCAGGACCCGUCAAGGCUCCCCUGAGCUCUUAGGUAGUGGGGAGCCCAGGAAACCUCUACUCCUGCCCAAAGACAGUGGCCCCCCCGGCACUUAACCUCUCCAGCCACUUCAUCUGGCUUCCAGUGUUCGGCAGCAGACAUUUCCAGCCAACUUCCUGGAGUCACCUUGCUCCCAUGGGCGUCCUCUCCCAUCUGCCCGUCUGUCCACACAGCUCCUGCUCAGCCCCCUCUGUUCUAUCGCUCCACCUGUGCAGUUACCUGUGCCUUUUUCUAGACCUUUCGCUGCUUGAGAUGAAAAGAAAGAACACAAAUCACACACAUCCAUGAAAAGAGCCACCCAUGAGGAGCUUGAGGCUGUGACUAGUUUGUGCUUUGGGGACAAGGCUGUAGGCGGGGCCUCUUCACCUCCACUCCACACUCCACACUGGCAGCCGUCCCCACCUCGAGGCCCAUGAGAAGCUGCAGUGCACUGAGGGAGAGAAGAACUGGGGAGGAAAAGAAGGUAAUUCAAUUCAAAGGCAAGCAGUCCUGCAGACAAACAGAUCCCUACGAUUUCCAUGCCGACACCCAGCUAGUGGCCACUCCUGUCUGUCAGCAGAAUGACAAGAACCCCGAGCCAGAAAACCACCAUACAGGCAGGCACCAACCCCACCACUCCCCACCCGUCCCGGCUAAGAACAGUAACUUUUAUUUUUUGCAAGAAUCAGGACAAAAAGCUACCUGUUUGCUAGCAUCUCAGUACAGAAUAAUAGCAUGAGGGAAAUGUAGUGUGGACCAUGGGCCUCACCUUCUCCUCUGUACUCCACCUUCCCCCAGGGCUAAUACAGGAACCCAGGUUUCUCCUACACACCUAUAGGUCUCUGCUUCCUAGGCCUGGCCAUAGACUGGCUCCUCUGUGUUUAGAAAUACCUGUGGGAUGAAAGGACCAUGGCAAGACUAGGGAUAUUCCUAGUGUGGGCCUGCUCUGAGCCUGGGGUGUGGAUGCUGUUUCACGUCUGUCCCCGAGGAACAAAGUGUGGCACUGCCUUCCUGGCUGGAUUACAUAUGCGUACAUAGACACACACAGAGCAACCAAAGAUGGUGUUUGGUACGUUCUCCAGGCUCUUCAGAUUCUCUUCUCUUGACUGAGAAGAUUUCUGAAUUGUCCCAAGUCAUUUGAAUUUUUCUCCAGUUCCCAAGGCAAAAACCUGCUUUGAAAAAAAAAAUUAAUACGACCAAAAAUUUAAAUCCCAUGUUGAAAUAUAGAACUUGACCUGUUGAAUGCAAAACAAAACAAAACAAAAAACAAGUCCUCUGUGGCACAGGACCUAUUUCUAAAACCUUACAGAAAUUUCCUUUACUUUCUCCAAAGGAUAGAGAAAAGGGACCAUGGUGAGGAGGCCCCUCUGACAGCCUUGUCCCCAAAUCAUAAAGCAUGUUCCAGCUAUGCUGGAUACUGCUGUCACUGUAGUCAAAGCAGAAGCCUAUCCCUGGACAUCAGGCAGGGCACGUGGCUGAAGGCCCAUGGGAGAGCUGGACUGCUGAAGCUGUUCUCUGAGAAGAUAGAGACAAGGCUCACCAUGCUGGGCCCCCCCUCUCCCUCCCUCCCUCCAGUUUGUUCCCAUCUGUGCAUGGUCCCUGCUGGAUGAGCAAAUCAGCCAGUCACAGGCCCAGUGCCCAGUCCAGUCACCUGAUUCGUCCUCUUUGCCUGCCUGACUCAGUACUUCAAAAGUAAGAGUCCGUAGGGUAGGGCCUCCUGUGCUGUGUGCUGUGCCGCAGGGUGUCAUGGGUAUCAGACUGACAGCCUUCAGAUGCAUGACGGCUGUAAGUCUGCCCACCAGGAGAAACUGUCAAGUCCAGGCUGGGACACCGGGAGGAAGAGAGCAGAAGCCUCUGCGGUGGUCAGCCCAGGCUGGAGGUCACAGCUUUCCUCCCUUUGGCCCCUCAGCCCUAACCCACAGGCCCCACAGGCCCCACAGGCCCCACAGGCCCCACAGGCCCCACAGGCUCCACAGGCCGGAGAUACUAAGGCCUGAGGUGAGGAGUUGGACAAAGAGCAUUGUCUCAUCCAGGCUUGAUGGCUUCCUAGGCAAGAUCUCCUGGCCACAGACUACAGGCUAGCUCCUGACCUUGAGAUACCACCGCUCUCUACUUGGGAAUUACUCUCCUGACUCAGCUCCCUCCCCUCCCCUCCCCUCCCCUCCCCUCCCCUCCCCUCCCCUCCCCUCUCUCCUCUCCUCGGCAGUCUAGUGACAGAUGCGGUCUGAUCACAGAAUGAAGAGUCCCCACAGUUACUGGGCCCAGCUGACUCAAGGAAAUGGGAUGUAACAAAGACUAGGAAAUGGAAACUUGCCUCUAGGUGACAGGGACAGAAUACACAGACUCUAGCCUGAGAACUAGUGCCCCCCCACAGGUGCCCAGAGGGCUGCCAUGGAUGCCACUACCAGGCCCAGCUCUAAACUCCUCUUUCAGACUCUCUCCACCACUCCCCAAGCACAUGGCCCCAGUCUGCACACACCUUCUCCCUCUGGAAAUCUCUCACUCCAGGAAUAUGAUCUGGGCUCCUUGCCCACAACCGGCCGCUUCUGACUUUGCAGUUCUGGUGUGUGUCAGCAGACCCUACACAGAUUUCUGAACUAGACUGUCAUCACUGACAAUAGAACAAGAUGGCCAUUCCUCGGCAUAGACUGUCUCUGAUCCUUACCUGUCCUCUGUAGGUGGUGGUUCCAAGCCACCUGUCCCUGAGGCCUGACCCCUAGAUGUCCUUUAUUGGGCAACCUCCUAUCCUUCAGAAUAGUAACCUCUUCCUCAUCAAAGGCAGGCCUGCCUCUUCCCACCCCACAUCAUAGCCGACACUCUGGUCCCAGCCACCAAGACCCUCCAGAAGUUCUGACAGGGGUAGCUGCCUAUUUUCCAGGCUCAAAGUCCACCUUGCUCGCUGGGGAAACCUCUUAAGAGCAUUGGCUCCCAGCUUCCUCUCGGUAUUGCUCGCUCCUGGCCCAGUGGACUAGGAAGAAGGAAUGUGUCUGAGCUGAAGUCACCUUCUAGUCCUUUGCUCCAGCUGACCCUUCCAGGUAAAGUCCUGGGAGACUGAUCUGCUCUGCCGUGUCGUUUGAGAAAGUUCCCAAAGUCAGUGCCGCCAAAUCUGCUUCCGUGUUGUGGUCCCUGUCUGCUUGGCAUUUGAAAACCGCUUGGGCCCUACUGAUCACUUUACCGAAUGUGGUGGUCAAGAGGAAAGGGAACCGUGUAGGCAAAUGUAAGAUACUCACGCUCUGUAAGAUAAACCUUUGCCUUGGUUUUUCGAAAAGGUGUAUGCAUUCUGUACGUGAAAUCGUCUGUAGAGAGUUUCCACGUUCUUAAAUGGCAAUACAUUCCAAAACUCGUACUGUAGAUAUGUACAGCAACCGCACUGGAGAGGGGUAGUUUUGCCUGUGGUUUUAUUUAAACUCCAGUUUUUACACUUGUAUCUUGCAGUUGUCGGUAUGGUAUUCAUCAGUGCAAAAGAAAAAAAAUCAAACAAGAAAUCCAUGCAGGUCUAAAGCACAGUCUGUUGUACAAAAGGACAGAAUCGCUCAGUAUUGGUGUGUGUGACCCUUGUAAAUCCCAUCUGUACUGUGAAUGAGACGUUUUUACAAGUAUAAUAAUUGCCUUUAUUACAGCUUGGGCUGAGUGUUCAGCCUGAAGAUAUUUUUUAAAAAAAAUAGCACGUUGGAAUAAAUUUGAAAAUUCCCAACAGA